AAGAAUAUAGAAAGGGGAGAUCCAAUCCGGUUUCAGCUAGUUUCUGUUCCGAUAGAACAUUAAUGCUUGCUUCAGUGUUUUCUAGACCAGGUUUUACACUUUACUUGUCAGCGCGUAAGCUAUUUUAAUUUAUUUCUUUUUUUGUUUGUUGUGGAAGCAUACAAGCUUUAAGCAGCCAUGCCUAAAAGGAGCAAAGCUAACAAUGACACUGAAGCAGCUGGGCCCAAGAGACGGUCUGAGAGACUUCAAGGUAAACCCCAAACGCCAAAGUCUGAGCCCAAGCCAAAAGUAAAGAAGGCACCUGCCGCAAAGGGCAAGAAGGCUAAGGAGGUAGAAAAGGCCAAACCAGAAGAGAAGAAAGAGGAUGCAAAGCCAGAGACUGAGUCUGAGGAGGAAACUCCCGCAGAGAACGGAGAGACCAAAGCUGAGGGAGACAACGGAGAAGCUGGAGGCGAAGAGGAAAAGGCUGACCAGAAAGAGGGAGCUGCUAAAUAACAUUAAAACAUUUCACAAGAGCUCCCAUACCUCUUUUCUUGUACAAUACAGAGGAAUAUUUUUAUUGACUAUUUUCUAAAAAGCUGUUUUUUUAGUAGUUGAAUAUUAGAAGCUCAUUUUAUAGACAACAAUCAAAAAAAAAAGCCUUAGAAAGAGAAAUUUUUUUUUUUUUUUUUUUUCCCACUCCAGUUUUUCCUGAAGAAUUGCAGUCAUGAAACAAAGUAAAAAAAUUAAAAAAUCCCUGACUCUGUUUUGUUUUUAAAAAGGGAGGGAAGUUGAACAGUUUGCGACAGAUAAUGUAAUGUGAUCGUGCCAUUUAAAAAAAAAAAAAAAAAUUCAAUUGAAAUUGGGAGAAUUUGCCUGAGACACUAACAUUCCAUAGGCAAUAUGAGGGACACCUGUAUGUAGCCUGUAUUGUAUGGAAAGGGGGUUCUGUAAGAAAGUGCUUUUGUUUUAUUGUUUCUGGGGGGUUGGGAUUGAUUGUAAGCUGUAUUCUAUGAAUUGAAACCUCUUUUAUUCAAACUGUUUUACGAAUCAACAGCUUUGAUUAAUGAUCCUGCUCACUAGUACUGGAACACUCAUCGGAUGUGUGAUUUACAUUGACUUUUGUCUCUGUGUGGUGAUAGCAUUGCAAUAACGUUGUAUAGCUGCUGUGAAAAGAUUUUCAUAAUUUCUAUAUGCAGUAUGUGAUGGUACUUUAAGAGGAUGAAAAAUGGAAUUGUGUGUGUUAGCAAAGCUACUAACAGCUGUGUUACAGUGUUAAACAUGCAGGUCGUAGCUGACGUUAUACAAAAAUUACUGUAAUUUCAUUCAUGUGAACAUGCUAGCAGUAGCUAUCACUCGAGGUUUUAGUUAAAAGUACACAUGUACAGUUUCUUUUUUUUUUAUUUCCUUUUUUAUGUAGCUGUAUCUGUAAUGAUUGGUAUGACAUACCAAAUAAAAUGGUUGUAAUUCCACCUUCA